GUUAAAUUAACGGAAACAGAGUUGAUGUUGUUUAGCCCGCGGUUUGUUCUCGUUAUUUUCGACUUGGAGUUUUUACUGUUAUGUCAAAUUGAAAUUAAACGCCGUAUUUUCUGUUUGAAUUAUGGAACAACAAUGUUUUUCAUUUCGGCCAGGAUUUAUUUUGUUUAUGCUCGCGUAUUAGCUUGGUAUUAUCCGAAAGACUUGUUCCCAUGAAAGGACUGUUCAUUUGAUUUCUGACAUAUUGGGGCUCUAAAAUAUGAAAUGGUUUUUUAUGUACUUAUAUUACUAAACUUUUCUUAGCGAAUAAUAGAGUUCAUAGUAUUGUACACAUUUUAUCAGUCUUAUCUUAUAACAUUGCCUCUUAAAAUUCAAGACAACCUAAUUUAAGAGGCAGAGUCGACCUGAUUGUUUACAGAUUCCAAUAGUACCCAUGUUUGUGAAAAUGGUAGCUAGUCUAUCUAGUCUGAUCUCCUGAAACCAGUUACCUAGGCAACACUAUGCCCCUUAAUAAGACGUGCCGUGAGAACUGUCAAAAAUGUAUAAAUAACUGCCGGGACCCAAACCGUGAUUUCAGAAACUCGGAGACUACUUAUGACAUAGAUGGUCACCCAUCCACGGAUGGACCGAAUCAAGCGUAGCUUAACCUGUGAUCGACCAACUUGUGCAGUUAUAGCUUAGCUUGACGAGCUUUUCAGAUAAUUUUACUUACCGUAUCCGAAUACCGUAAGAAAAGAGCCUUAAAAUGCUCUCAAACUAACAUUCUCCACACAGAAAACUUCAAAACGUAUCUAUUUACGUCACAAAAUAUUUCAUCUCGAAAACUCAAGAAAUUCGGGUUACAAAGAUGUUUCGCAGAAAUUCUAAUUUUAGCUGUCUGAAACAAAACGAGAAAACAUCGAGACUCUAACAGUCUGAAUAAGUUAAUUAAUUAGUCGAAAUGUUUCUUCGUAUCUUGGAGAAAUUGCUAUCUCAAUUACUGUAGCUUUAAGGGAAAUAUGUUUGGAGAAUAUUAUUUUGUUAUACAGUCAUCACUGGGUCAAAUGUUGUCUUAACUAUACAAUUGUGUAAAGGAACUUACUAAAGAUAGUCCGAGAUAAACGAGGCGAUGAAACUGGCCAAUAUCUUGACGAUGUUUACAAAUAUGUAUUAGGAUAAAGAGUGUCAAAAGUCGUCGGAUAUCGAAAACUUUAGCAUUUUGGAGGUAAAACCAGUUGCUAUUUCCGUUCUUAAUUCAUCUCUAAGAAUCAUUAUAAUACCUUUUAAUAUUCAAUGAACUCAUUCAAAUUAAUGAAUGGACUCUAGAGUACUUAGUAUUUUCUAGGUAUCUAAUUAGUUAUUGUAAUCUAGACCAUUCAGUUAUGAAAGGAAAAGAAAUUAAGUUUGUAUCUCGUAACAUGGAAUUAUAACUACAAAAUAAACACUUAUCAGCACGGUACUUUGUCAGUUCUUUUUCAAUAUUUUUUUUUAAGAGGCUUGAAUUUCCAGAAGGAAUGAGUAUCUUCACCCAUGUAAAAGCUAGUAUCAUUAUCGGUAGAUCAAGGUAGAGAGAUGAUUGGUUCCCAUGAGCUAUCGAUGCAUCAACAUGCAUGCCACUUGUUGUUACAUACUAGAUUAAAUGUCGAUACGGUACUUACCUCAAAAUGCCAGUCCAUGCACUGCAUAUGUUUACACACUCCAACCACGGUUCAACAAUUAUUGUCUGGACUUUAAAAGAGUCAGCGAACCCUGAGUUUAUUUCGACAUUUCUUUUUAGGCUGUAUGAGGCAUGAUUUAUCCUACUAGUUUACAAAAAUAAUGGUUUCAUUUCACCUACAUCCCCAAAUAGUGCCCAAAAAAGGAGUUUCAUCAGAGAAAAAAGAGAUUCUAGAAAUACCCAUAAAAUCUGAAUUUAGAUUCAUCCUCAAUCAUAAUUAUCAUCAGAAUUGAAUAACCCACUUCUGGGCAUAAGCUACCCUUUGUUCAUGUCAUUCUCCUCCGUCCAUCAUUUUCUUAAUAUCUUUGUUAUAUCUUCUGCCUAUCUCAUUCUUGGUCUGCCAGGAUUUCGUCGUCCAACUCCUGGCCAGCAUUCAGUUAUAAAUUUCCUCCAUCCAACGAUUAAGAUUUAUGAUUAUGUAGUUAAAUUAUAUUGACAAUUUAAAGUUAUGAAGUAUGAAUCAACUUUAAUUUCAUUUUGAAUUGUCUGGUUAAUUAUUUUAUAUUUACGUUCUCUUUGUAAAUGUUACGAGGUUAGAUAUUAAAUUGCGCGUAGGUAUGUUAAUUUGUCUAGAUUUUGUUUUGUUUUUAAUGUAAGUGUAAUUUGUCUGGUAACGUAUUGUGUCUGCAAGUGUAUUAUUAUGUAAAUGUAUGCGUGAAUUUGUAACAACACAUGUUAACUUAUAAUCAAAAUAAAUCUCUUGAUAGAUUAGGUAUAGGACAAUGAAUAUUUAUGUGUCAGACGGAAUUUGAUUAUAGCGUCAUAAUAUACCUAGAUGAAAAACUAAUUUUACAUUUUAAAGAAGGUUACGAAAACGGACGCGAAAACUAACACUAAAACUUUUUUUAAUACGUCUUUCGUGUUAAGGCACAAAGGGGGUUGCACAAAUAUCCAAGUCACAUACACAGAGACACCCAGGCUCAGGUCAAGCAUUCGUGGAUCACACAAACGCGUGUCCUGCGCAAAAAUCGAACCUGCACAGUCGCGAAUAUUGAGUUUGUAAAUGAAAUGAAAUGAAAUCAUUUUGAGAACGCUGGAGUCGACAUUUCCUAUCUGACUACCCUGUAAAGCAAUGUCGAAACAAAGAUGUUGCAAGGUCUGGCUAUUAUUCAAUUACUCGGCUAUCCGUACCUAGUUUCUAACAAAGUUAUGUUUCCAGACGAGACCUGCAGCGUGAGGGUCAGCUACUCGGAGCUGGAGGCGCGCACCAACGCCCUCGCCCGAGCCAUCUCCGCUCGCGCGAGAGUCAGCAGCACCAACCGGGACGGCGACUACGUCGUAGCUGUCUGCAUGCAGCCGACACACAACACCAUAGCUGUCCUUCUCUCAACAUGGAAGGCUGGAGCCGCAUACGUGCCGAUGGAGCCGAGCUUCCCCCAAGCGAGGGUUGCACACAUCCUGAAGGAUGCUGAACCGGCCCUCAUCAUUUAUGAUGAUACUGCAAACCCCGCCAUGUUCUCCGGGAGUGGUAUACCUGCGGUAUCCUAUGAGGAGCUGACGGAGGAGGCUGGAGGCCUGUCAGCUGACGCCGUCCAGGAUAUGGAAGUACUAACAACUGCAAGGAACGAUAGCAUCGCUAUAGUACUGUACACAUCGGGAAGUACUGGAGUGCCUAAAGGAGUCCGCCUAUCCUACUCUGCAAUCUGCAACCGUCUCUGGUGGCAGUUCCGUACAUUCCCCUACACGGACUCCGAGGUCAACUGCGUUUGGAAGACGGCCUUGACCUUCGUGGACUCAGUCUGUGAAAUCUGGGGACCCUUGCUGCACGGCAGGACCCUGGUCAUCCUGUCGCGAGAGACCACGAGGGACCCACAGAAACUGGUCAACGUUUUGGCUGAAAACCAGAUCCAACGUCUAGUACUCGUACCAACUCUUCUCCGAUCCAUCUUAAUGUAUCUCUCUCUGAAACCCUCGGAGAGACCUCUUCAGCAUCUGAAGCUCUGGGUCUGUUCUGGAGAGACCCUCAGCAAGGACCUGGCUGCUCAGUUCUUCAAGUAUUUCGGAGACUACAGUGGAUACAAGCUGGCUAACUUCUAUGGAAGCACAGAAGUUAUGGGGGAUGUGACUUACUAUGUGCUGGAGAAGUCUGCUCAACUCAAUUCUCAUGAUACAGUCCCGAUUGGUGAGUACGCAUUAGACAACUGCGCCGUCUACCUGCUGGAUGAGGAGAUGAACCCUGCGCGGGAGUCAGAGCCGGGCGAGGUGUGGGGCGGACGGAACCUCGCCGCCGGGUACGUGGCGGGCAGGAGUGACAAGUUCCAGGACAACCCUCAUGCUGCACACCCGGAUUUCGGUCGCCUCUACCGCACUGGUGACUUUGGCGUACUGGAGAAAGGUGUGAUCCUGUACGCAGGCCGUACCGACUCGCAGGUCAAGAUCAGAGGUCACAGGGUCGACCUGCAGGAGAUCGACAGAGCUGUUGCUAGCAUCGAAGGUGUUGAAAAAUGCGUGGUCCUGUGCUACGGCGCGUCGCGCGGGUCCCCGACGCUGCUCGCGUUCGUGCUGGCGGCGGCGGGCGCGCGCCUGUCCGCGCGCUCGCUGGAGGCGCGCCUCGCGCACUGCCUCACCAGCUACAUGAUGCCGCAGGUAAUUGAGGUGGAAAGUAUUCCUCUGCUGGUGAACGGCAAGGUUGACAGACAAGCUCUGCUGAAAAUGUACGAGAACACCAACAAUAAUGAUGACUCCGAGAUUCCUCUCGACCUGGACUACUCGGGCGUGGCUCCUGAAGACUUGGAAGCCGCGAAGGUUCUCUUCGAGACGGUGGGUGAAGUGCUGGGCAGGUCUGCCCGCGGUGCCAUCAGCGUGAGGGCUGGUUUCUAUGAACUGGGAGGAAACUCACUCAAUUCUAUUUAUACUAUCACCAGACUGAGGGACAGGGGGUACUUUAUUGAGAUUAGCGACUUCUUGGGCGCUACGAACCUAGGUGGUUUGGCUCGCAUGAGCACGAACCCCAACCACGAGAGCGAGGAUACCGACCAGUUCACUGCUGAGCCACUCGCUGAUGAACAUAAGCAACAAGUUAUAGAAAUGAUAGUAUCAUCGUUCUACAACAAGGCUGAGUUGGAGCAGUUCUUGAAACACGAGAUCGACACGAAGGACUACGCGGUCCUCAUCAGUGACACCUGGCCGGCGCUGCUCGCCGCACAACUGAGUGUCGUACUGAAGAACUCAUCAGGAACCCCGGUAGCAGUGGCUUUGAACUUCGAUGCUCGCGACGAGCCCGAUGUCGAGUCGGAGGAGACCGGCGGCCUCAUGAAGAUCAUGUGCUUCCUGGAGUUUGUCGAGGGCUCCGUCAGGGACACCAUGCUGCCGCCCGGGAAGGGAACAAUACUCCAUUCCUUCCAUGAUGGCAACAGCUGAGUCGCUGAGUCCUCGGAGAACGUGUCCGCUAUCAGAGCCCUGGAAAACGCCACCAUGGACAUUGCCAAGGAGAGGGGAUUCAAAGGAGUAUUCACAACCAACACGAGCCCGCUCACACAGCAAUUGGGAACAGACGUCCUGGGCUACCAAACCCUCCUGGACUAUCAGAUCAACCAGUACGUUGACCCCAACGGCGAGAGGACCUUUGGCAAAGCCCCCGACGACAUGAGAGCCAUCGUAUGUUGGAAACCUCUAGACUAAGUCAAACGAAACUAGACCCUAGCUACAAGAUAUUAGGUGUAAUUCAGCUUGUGUUGUCGUUGAAUGUUAUUUGUUGAAAGUUGAUUUUGUUGCUACAACAUAAGGUGCAAUUUAGGUUGACUAGUAUUCCCAGUAAUUAUGAGUGUAUCGGCAUUUAAAGUUACGUUAGUUGAUUUUAGACUUUAUUGUUAUGCUUUAAGGCACAUUUUACGUUGUAUUUAGUCAA